GCGACAGGCCCCCGCCCCUCCCGGAAGCGGAGCGGCGCAUGCGCAGUGAGGCCGGGCCCGGCGCGGCGCUGCCGGGAGGCGGAGAACGGGCCCAGUCCGACCCCAGCGGCCCCGGGACCGGCCCCGGCCUCGGCCCCCUCCCCCGGACCCCCCCGGCCCCGGGCCCCGGCGCUAUGAUGCGCUUCAUGCUGCUCUUCAGCCGCCAAGGCAAGCUGCGCCUGCAGAAGUGGUACCUGGCCACCGCCGACAAGGACAAGAAGAAGAUGGUGCGGGAGCUGAUGCAGGUGGUUCUGGCCCGCAAACCCAAGAUGUGCAGCUUCCUCGAGUGGAGGGACCUCAAGGUCGUCUACAAGAGGUACGCCAGCCUCUACUUCUGCUGCGCCAUUGAAGAGGACAACGAGCUCAUCACGCUGGAGCUGAUCCACCGCUACGUCGAGCUGCUCGACAAGUACUUUGGGCAGGUCUGCGAGCUCGACAUCAUCUUCAACUUCGAGAAGGCUUAUUUCAUCCUGGACGAGUUCGUUAUGGGGGGGGAGAUCCAGGACACCUCCAAGAAGAGUGUCCUGAAGGCCAUCGAGCAGGCGGAUCUGCUGCAGGAGGAGGACGAGUCACCCCGCAGUGUGCUGGAGGAGAUGGGGCUGGCAUAGCCCCCCCCCAUAUUUUGGGGGGGGAGGGGGGACACGACGCCCCCACAUUAAGGGGGGGGGGCGCUUCCCCCCCCCCCCCCCCCCGCUCAGCCUCACGGGACCAAUCGCA